UCAAAUUAUUGAGGUAGAUGAUGUCUUUUCCUCUUCUUCAUCAUAAUCUACAACACAUGCAUCUCUGUCUCUAACAAACGCAUAAGACUGUCGGUGCCACUUUGAGAGAGCUUUGUAGUUGCUCUGUCUCUUUCGUCUCUAUUAAGCCAUUUCCCACCCUCAUUAUAAUAUCUAUAUAUUUACAGCUAUACACAGAUUCACACACUUGAUACAGAGAGAGAGAGAGAGAGACAGAUAGAGGGAUUGGCAUUGUCUGCUUCAGUCAAUCUCCUUUUGGGUCUACUUCUUUGAUCUCCGAUCUUCAAGAAGUAGAAUCCUUUUCUGGGUUCGUGUCUGUUUGAGAUCUGGUGGGGAAUUGGAUCAUUUCAACUGGGUUGCAUUGGGUUUUCUGGAUUUGAAGAAUUGGCCAUUAAAGAUCGGCCCUUUUAGAUGAGAUAAGGUGCUUUACCAAGAUCUGGGGCUUUUGAAAUGCAUAGAUCUUGUUGACACUUACAUACUAUUUAGAACCAUUGUUCACAUCUGAGCACAGAGAAGGUGGAAAUGGAGUCGGAAGGAGAAACUGAGGCAAAGCCGAUGAAGAACUUGGGUGGUCAGGUCUGCCAGAUCUGUGGGGAUAAUGUUGGGAAGACAGCUGCUGGUGAGCCAUUCAUUGCCUGCGACGUCUGCUCUUUUCCUGUUUGCAGGCCAUGCUAUGAGUAUGAGAGGAAGGAUGGAAAUCAGUCUUGCCCUCAAUGCAAAACCAGAUACAAGAGGCACAAAGGAAGUCCUGCAAUUCUUGGUGAUAGAGAAGAGGAUGGUGAUGCUGAUGAUGGUGCUAGUGAUUUCAACUAUACUUCAGAAAAUCAAAACGAGAAACAAAAGAUUGCCGAGCGCAUGUUGAGCUGGCAUAUGACAUAUGGCCGAGGAGAGGAUAUGGGGGGUCCAAACUAUGAUAAAGAGGUUUCUCACAAUCACAUCCCUCUGCUCACUAAUGGAACAGAGGUUUCCGGAGAACUGUCUGCUGCCUCACCAGGGCGCCUUUCCAUGGCAUCUCCUGGAGCUUCUAUUGGUGGAAAGCGUGUCCAUCCUCUUCCUUAUGCAUCGGAUGUUAAUCAAUCACGUAAUACUCUCCAUCUAAUGUGUCAUCUUUUCUGGUUCUUUAUGUAUUUCUGCCAAUAUGCAUUUGAGGUUGUUGAUUACACUCUUUUUGCAGCUAAUUUAAGGGUUGUGGAUCCUGUGAGAGAGUUUGGUUCUCCGGGGAUAGGUAAUGUAGCAUGGAAAGAGAGAGUGGAUGGCUGGAAGAUGAAGCAGGAGAAGAAUACUAUUCCAAUGAGCACUGGUCAAGCUACUUCAGAAAGAGGGGGUGGAGAUAUUGAUGCCAGCACUGAUGUGAUUGUGGAUGACUCUUUGUUGAAUGAUGAAGCAAGGCAACCUCUCUCUAGAAAGGUCUCUAUUCCAUCGUCUAGGAUAAAUCCUUACAGGAUGGUCAUUGUACUGCGGCUGGUUAUUCUCUGUAUUUUCUUGCACUAUCGGUUAACAAAUCCUGUGCGCAAUGCCUAUGCCCUGUGGUUGAUAUCAGUCAUUUGUGAGAUUUGGUUCGCAAUAUCUUGGAUUCUCGAUCAGUUCCCUAAGUGGCUGCCUGUAAAUCGUGAAACAUAUCUCGACAGACUUUCUCUGAGAUAUGACCGAGAAGGAGAACCAUCACAGUUAGCUGCUGUUGACAUCUUCGUCAGUACUGUGGAUCCACUGAAGGAGCCUCCUAUGGUGACAGCAAAUACUGUGCUAUCUAUUCUUGCAGUUGACUAUCCAGUUGACAAGGUUUCUUGCUAUGUUUCUGAUGAUGGAGCUGCAAUGUUGACAUUUGAAGCUCUCUCUGAAACUUCAGAAUUUGCAAGGAAAUGGGUCCCUUUCUGCAAGAAGUAUGCCAUAGAGCCUAGGGCUCCUGAAUGGUACUUUUCACAGAAAAUUGAUUAUUUGAAGGAUAAAGUUCAACCAUCAUUUGUCAAAGACCGCAGAGCAAUGAAGAGAGAAUACGAAGAAUUUAAAGUUCGUGUGAAUGGGCUUGUUGCAAAGGCGACAAAAGUACCUGAAGAAGGAUGGAUCAUGCAAGACGGUACUCCAUGGCCUGGAAAUAAUACUAGAGACCAUCCAGGAAUGAUCCAGGUUUUCUUGGGGCAAAGUGGAGGGCUUGAUGCUGAGGGCAAUGAACUGCCACGUUUAGUGUAUGUUUCUCGUGAAAAGCGUCCGGGUUUCCAACAUCACAAGAAGGCUGGUGCUAUGAAUGCACUUGUUCGAGUAUCUGCAGUCCUCACGAAUGGACCUUUCUUGUUGAAUCUUGAUUGUGAUCACUACAUUAACAAUAGUAAGGCCUUGAGGGAAGCAAUGUGCUUCCUAAUGGAUCCUAACCUUGGAAAAAACGUGUGCUAUGUUCAGUUUCCACAGAGAUUUGAUGGCAUUGAUAGAAAUGAUCGUUAUGCCAAUCGAAAUACUGUUUUCUUUGAUAUUAACUUGAGAGGUUUAGAUGGUAUCCAAGGUCCAGUUUAUGUGGGUACUGGAUGUGUUUUCAAUAGAACAGCCUUGUAUGGUUAUGAACCUCCUCUCAAGGUUAAGAAUAAGAAAGCUGGAGUUCUUUCUUCACUUUGUGGUGGAUCACGAAAGAAGGGUUCAAAAUCAGGUAAUAAAGGCUCAGACAAGAAGAAAUCAAGUAAGCAUGUGGAUCCUACUGUGCCGAUUUUCAGUCUAGAGGAUAUUGAAGAGGGGGUUGAAGGUACUGGAUUUGAUGAUGAGAAGUCAUUAUUGAUGUCACAAAUGAGCCUGGAGAAAAGAUUUGGUCAGUCUGCUGUUUUCGUUGCUUCGACACUUAUGGAGAAUGGUGGUGUUCCUCAAUCUGCGACACCCGAAACUCUUCUUAAAGAAGCUAUUCAUGUUAUCAGCUGUGGGUAUGAAGACAAAAGUGACUGGGGUCAAGAGAUUGGAUGGAUUUAUGGUUCUGUCACAGAGGAUAUUCUUACAGGAUUCAAGAUGCAUGCCCGCGGGUGGAGGUCUAUUUACUGCAUGCCUAAGCGCCCAGCCUUUAAAGGGUCUGCUCCCAUUAAUCUUUCAGAUCGUCUCAACCAAGUGCUUCGAUGGGCGUUGGGUUCUGUUGAAAUUCUUCUUAGUCGGCAUUGUCCUAUCUGGUAUGGCUAUAGUGGUAGGCUAAAAUGGCUGGAGAGAUUUGCAUAUGUGAACACUACCAUUUACCCAAUUACUGCCAUACCUCUUCUUGCGUACUGUACAUUGCCGGCCGUCUGUCUUCUUACCAACAAAUUCAUCAUUCCACAGAUCAGCAACAUUGCAAGUAUAUGGUUCAUCUCGCUCUUUCUUUCCAUCUUUGCAACUGGUAUUCUAGAGAUGAGAUGGAGUGGUGUUGGAAUUGACGAGUGGUGGAGAAAUGAACAGUUUUGGGUUAUCGGUGGUGUUUCAGCCCAUCUUUUUGCUGUUGUUCAGGGUCUCCUGAAAGUACUUGCAGGUAUUGACACCAACUUCACUGUCACCUCCAAGGCAUCAGAUGAAGACGGAGACUUUGCGGAACUCUACAUGUUUAAAUGGACAACCCUUCUCAUCCCCCCAACAACUCUCCUCAUCAUAAACUUGGUGGGGGUGGUUGCCGGUAUAUCUUAUGCUGUCAACAGUGGUUACCAGUCAUGGGGUCCCCUCUUUGGUAAGCUCUUCUUUGCCUUUUGGGUGAUUGUCCAUUUGUAUCCCUUCCUCAAAGGUCUUAUGGGACGUCAGAACCGUACGCCUACAAUUGUUGUUGUGUGGUCAAUUCUCCUGGCUUCAAUUUUCUCUUUGUUGUGGGUGAGGGUUGAUCCAUUUACCACAAGAGUCACUGGUCCAGAUGUUGAGGUGUGUGGAAUCAACUGCUAGACAGAAAGACGACGGUACUGUCUGAAAAUUCAUAUUCAUUUUGUUCACCCAACUAAAGCUCGAGAUUUAGAGGGGGAGUGACUAAACUGUCUUAUAUUUUGUUCAGAUAUUUCUGUGUCAACUGGUUUGUCCAUUUGAAGCUUACACACUGUCACUGUUUGUAGAUGAUAUUAUUGAUAGGAGUCGAGGGGAAAAAAAGAUUUGUUGUUGUACUUAUUUUGAAAAUGUGAAGACUAUUUAUGAAAGAAUAUUUUAUUUAUUACACAUUA